AUGAACUUGUAUACAAUUUAUAAUAAUAAAAAAGUGCCGGAACUUCGUGAAAUGUGUGCUGCUCGCAAGCUUGGUAUUCAAGGUAAUAAGCCAGCAUUGAUUGAUCGUUUAAUGAAAUCAGACAAUCAUGUAAAGAUAGAGGAGAACGAAAUGCAACUUGACGUUGCCACUUCAGAGCCUGGGCCUUCACAUGAAACUUUGAGUAAUGUAAAAUACGAGUACGAACCUACACUUGAUGCAAUGGCCACGGAGGAAAUCCCUCCCUCCGAAGAGUUAGCUUUACCUCAACAGCCUUUAGAGCAGGAUACCCCCACAAACGUUGACAUGCCCAUUGAAUAUUCGGAAUCAAUAAAUCCCGUUGCGAAACAGCAGCAGCAGCAAAAGCAAAUCAAUCAUCCUCCCGUAUCAUCUUCACUGCCCACAUCCACCACAUCGCCAGCAUUAACUCACCCUGAUAUUUCUUCUUCUUCGACUAAUAAUAACUUGAAACAGAAUCGCAAUAAUCUAUCCCAACCUUUUGAACCUUCAGCAGAAUUGUCUCCCACAUAUCAAAGAGAUGAACCUCAAUGUGAGAUAGAUCGUGAUCUCUUGGCUCGUCUUAUUUCAGAAAGAAAGUAUGGAACCCAAAAUUUAUAUUCCUUAUCAAGAGGAAUCAUGUUGACCCCAAGUCGACCAGGGAUACCAUAUAGCUAUGAUUUACUGUUGGAAAUAGUACAAGGAUCAUUAACACAUAGAGAUGGGGAAAUACCUCUUUGGUUAAAAGAUUCUUAUGACACAACGUUUGGGACGUCAUAUUUUGGUGAACCAGAAUGCACUCGUAAUCCUGGCAUACCCGUGGAAGAUUUAUUUUUGAAUGGAUUUUGA